AUGAAACACGUCGCUUUCCGCACGGUUUUCCAAUGGAUUCUCGUGGUCUCGCUCGCUGGAAUCAUGAUUGUCAGCGUUCAUCUUUAUCAGAAUAAAGCCCAGUAUCCCGUUCUAUUUCACGGUUUCUCUUUCCGUGAAAUUUCAUCUGAACAUGCUUGCUUUUUUAGUGAGUCUAAUUGGAAAAGUGAUCAUCCUGGCGGCCACUCCAUUCUUCGGUGAUCGGAUAACCAAUGAAUACCUGGGAAAGUGUUCGGAAGAUGUGAAAGUAAGUGAUUCAGUCAUUUCACGACACUUUGUGACAGUGGGCUCAGAAUCUCUGCCACAUUUCCGAUGACAUCUCCCAUUUGCCAAAUGCCGCAGCGGUGCUUUUCCAUUCCAGAGACAUUGACCAAAAAGCGAGUGACACAAUAUCUGAACACUGUUUCGAACUUAAGUUUUAGCACAUUCUCAACUUCCCGAGAAGGCCUGAAAUACCCUAUGUGAUGAUGGCGAUGGAAAAUCCGUUCUAUGCGAAACUGUCUGAGUACGAACACUUCUUCAAUUGGACAAUGACGUACCGACGAGAUUCGGACGUACAAUAUCCGUACGGAGCACUCGUUGAGCACCAAGGUUCCGGCGGAGUGGACUAUGAGGAAUUGUGGAGUUCAAAAUCGAAAAGCGCCCUCUGGCUGGUCUCCAAUGGGUACGCAACGAACAAUAAAAGACGGGAAUUGACGGAAGCGCUGAAGGAAAAGGGCCUCGAAGUGGAUCUGUUUGGGAAGUUGUACGAAAAAGAGGCGAGGUGUCCGCGAAAAGGAGGAAGCGUCGAUUGCGAAGAGAAAUUGCACAGGCGAGAGAGAACGAGGGGAAAUCCCAAAAAGUGUAAUUUUCAGUCCUUACAAAUUCGUAAUCGCAUUCGAAAACAACAAUUGCAAAGACUAUGUGACGGAGAAGUUUUGGAGGAAAGCUAAGAGAUAUCGAAUGGUUCCGAUUGUGAUGACGAGGAACAUUUACCGAGAUCUCGGGGUAUUAUUUUGUGCUUUACAAUAGACUUCAAAGCUCCAUUUUCAGAUUCCCGAUUCCAUGUACAUUGCAGUUGAUGAUUUCAAAAGUCUAGAAAGGUUUGUGGCUCAUGUUUCUCACGUUUCAAACAACAAAACUGCGUAUUUGGAGUAUCACAAGUGGAGAGAACACUUUCGGUUUGAAUUGAAACAACGUACAUCUCGCAAGCUAAAGUCACCUUUCAGAAUCGUGGAUACAAACGAAGACAACUAUGGUUUUUGUCAAUUAUGCUCAAAAGUUGCAAAGUUCAAAGAGAGCCCACGGAAAGGGAGCUAUGAGAAUAUGCUGAACUGGCACAACACUUCCACUUGUGAUAACUCAUUUGUUGACCGGUAUUUAACAAAAGUAUGAAUAAAUGUUUGGGUUCCGAAACUUUUGAAAGCACCGAAAAACGAUCAAAACUUUUAUUGCGGUUUGUUGAGAGGGGGCGAAAUAAAACUGCGCUUCGAUAGACUUGCUGGCAAAGUAUAAUAAUACUUUGAAUCCUUUUUCGAGAACCAUGAGGGAUAUUUGCGGCCGUUUUGUGUGUGUGUCCAUCUGUCCUCCGAUUCUCUUUCGAUGCGUUGUUUCUUUUUCGACUAUCCGAUCUAAUUAGAGUGUAAUUACGUUUUUCAUAUAAAGCAAAUGGGUCAGGAAGUUUUAACUAAUAGUAAACUUUUAUUCCGUUGCGAAACCCCAUUGCUCGCUCAAGUUCAAGUUUCCUUUUCUUCAAAUUCUCUAUCACAUUUCAUGCAGAAUACGUUUUUUAUUUCACGUGACAUCCGAAACUAAACUUCUCGUUUGCCGAACACGUAAUAUAGACACGGACUUUCGGUUUCUCGUCUCCAAAAGGUUAGCUUUUCCACCAAUGUUUGCUUGGUUCGGUUGCUCAGGCAAGUGAUAUUGAAUAUAGAAGUAAAGCCCUUAUCACGAAGCCCUCAUACAAACAUCCGCACCAAACUUUCAAGCCUUACUUGGCAAAGAAAUAUUGCAUGACCAACAAAACAUGUGAACUUUCGCUCGUUCGUGCCUUGUUUGAGCAGUGUUUGAAUAGGAAAAGGGAAUUCGACGAUACGGUUCAAGGUUUUCCACCUCGAAAUGAUGUUCAUAUAUAUAUAUUCAUUCUCUUUCGGAAUUCAAAGUUUUCGGGUUUCUAUGGCGACGAAGAAUGACAUCUGUGUCUAUGUCUCCGCGCUCAGUCCCCUUUGUCUAUGCACUCCUCUCAUUCCUCCGUUAUGAAUAUCCACAAACCACUCGGCAAUGUAUCCAGAACCCCCUUCAUGGCCUAUCAGAAUCAGCAGAAGAGGGGCGGUGCCACGUGUUCGGGCCGGUAUGUCAGUCGGCUUCUGAUAUUUGCCGUCUACGCGUCAGUGGCUCUUUUUCUAUGGUAUACCCUGGUUCCUACGAGGAGUGAGCAAGGUGGGCGCCAUUUUUGAGCAUCCUAUUCUCAAAUUCUUUUCAUGUUCCAGAAGCUGUAAUCAUUCCCGACGCAGAAUCCGGCAGUGUGCCGACCACGACGAAAAACGUGGUAAUCUACGCCGCCACGUCAUUCUUCGGACAUCCGAUCACGACGGAACGCUUUCUGGCGACGUGCCCCGAUGUUCAGAAUUAUUGUCGAAUCACGCAAGACGAAUCGGAAUUCGAUAAUUCCGAUGCGGUUGUGUUCCAUAACGCUGAUUAUCGAGGUGGAGAGGUCAGUCUUCAGUUAGAAUCUUUAAAACUCUUUUUUCUUACAGAAGAUGAAGACGCUGGUAAAGCAGAGAAAACCGGGAAUUCCGUACGUUCUGUGGUCGUUGGAGAGUCCGAGUAAUGACAAUUUCCGUCCGGAAACCCGUUCGUUCCCACUGUUUCCAAAUGAGAGAAAAAACGAAAAAUUUCAGAUGUGAUCAACUGGACAAUGACUUAUCGGACAGACGCGGAUGUUUGGGCGCCGUACGGACACAUGGUAAAGCGGGAAUCUCGGGAAGACGUGGAUCUGAAUGCAAUUUGGGUGUCCAAGUCGAAAACUGCCACGUGGUUGGCGUCGAAUUGCUUCACAGCGAACAAUCGGUUCGAUUUGAUCAAGAAAAUUAUUGACAACGGAUUCGAUGUUAGUUUUAAGCAGAAAUUGUAAUGCUUCGAUUCCAAUUUUCAGAUUGAAAUCUGGGGGAACUGUGGAAAACAGGCGGGUCAGUGCAGCGGAGUGGACAACCAGGAAUCGGCGUGUGUCCUCGAGCUUAUCAAGUGAGAACACAGGCGAUUAGAAGUCGAUAAUAUCAUUCUCAGACCUUACAAGUUCUACGUGUCAUUCGAGAAUUCCAACUGCAAAGAUUACGUGACGGAGAAGUUCUGGAAGGCGCUGAGCGAUCGGAUGACCAUUCCGAUUGUUCUGGCGAGAAAGUACUACAAAGAUCUAGGGGUAUGAAUUCGAGAAGGAACUGUCAGAUCUUCAAAAUCCUGCUAUUCAGGUUCCCGACUCGGCGUACAUCGCAGUGGAUGAUUUCGGCACUUUUGAAGAGUUCAUGGCUCAUUUGAAGAAAGUGAACAAGGACAAGGAGUUGUACCUGAAGUACCACGAGUGGAGGAAGACUUGGAAGUGAGUCGGGACCUGCUUGCUCUCUGUGAAGUUUGCAUUCACUUGCAGAGUGAUAAUCGGAAGCGGCUUCUCCGGCUGGUGCAGAUUGUGCAAUAAGCUGCAGGACAAAGAGUACAUUCUGAAGCACCCGAAGUCGUACCGUGACGUGGCAUGGUGGCAUUCAUUUGAGAUGUGCAAUAAUGGAAUAGCUAACAAAUAUAUCAAAGCCUAA